GUUGCCAUCUUUCCAUCAGAAGUCAGAAACCGCCGUCCCCUAUCUCUCUCCCUCUGGCCUCUCUUUUCCUAUACAAAACCAAACAAACCGCCAGCACAAGCCACCCGCAACACGCAACACAGAGCACACUGUCCCCUGCUCCUCCUCCUCUCUCCUUUCCUUUGCUCGCCGCCUCGGGAUCCCCCGGCGCAGCGCAGCACUGAGCUGGCCUUUGCUUGCGUAGGAAUGUCUCGGGCCUCCGCCUCUGCGCAGCGAAAGCCACAUUUAUUUGCCACCUAAAAGGGGCACACCUCCCAACCCCAGCUUCAAUUCCUACCACGCCGCACCGCGAAACGCAGAGGUCGCGACAGGAACAAUGGCGGCUAUAUAGCGAGCAGGGCAGGCAGACCGGAGGGGGAGCAGAGGUUCUUGUUUGUUUUCUUGCGGAGAAGUACUGCGAUGAGGCGUGCUCGCGGCGGCAGGCUGCUCCUGCCCCUCGCCGCGCUCUUCUUGGCGCUGCUCCUCCUUUCCGGCUGCGCGGCGGAAGGGGAGCACGAGGAGGGCUCGCCGGUGGCGGCGGAGGAGCCGGAGGCGCCGAUGGAGGACAAGGAGAAGGCGGCCCUGUACGCCGCCAUCGGGGGCUUCGUGGGCAAGGCCUGGAACGGCUCCGGCCUCUUCCCCGACCCCUGCGGCCAGACUCCCAUCCAGGGGGUGUCAUGUGACCUCUUCAAUGGCCUGUGGUACCCAACAGUGGUCAGCAUCGGUCCGGUGCUCGACAACUCGCUGCAGUGCGCCCCGGACGCCAGGUUCAGCCCCCAGCUGUUCGACCUCCGGCGCCUCAAGAGCCUCACCUUCUACGCCUGCUUCCCGGCGGCCAACCCGACGGCGAUCCCGGCGGCAAGCUGGGACAAGCUCGCCGGCACCCUCGAGACGCUCGAGUUCCGCUCGAAUCCGGGCCUGUCCGGCGCCAUCCCGGCGUCCCUCGGCCGGCUUGGCAGCCUGCAGUCCCUGGUCCUCGUCGACAACAACCUCACCGGCGCCGUGCCGCCGGAGCUCGGCGGGCUGGCGAAGCUGCGGCGGCUCGUGCUGUCCGGGAACGGGCUGUCAGGCCCGGUGCCGGCGACGCUCGGUAACGACAACACCCAACUACGCCGCCUCGACGAGCUGCUGAUCAUGGACAUGAGCAAGAACUCUCUAACCGGGUCUCUGCCUCCGUCGCUAGGUGGGCUCAAGGGGCUGCUCAAGAUGGACCUCAGCAACAACCGCCUCGACGGCCGCAUCCCGCCGGAGCUCGCCGGCCUCGAGAGCCUCACGCUGCUCGACCUCCGGAACAACAGCCUCACCGGCGGCCUGCCAGGGUUCGUGCUGGGCAUGGCGGCCCUGCAGGACCUGCUGCUCUCGAGCAACCCGCUGCUGGGAGGCACCCUGAUGCAGCGCGGCUGGGAGAAGAUGGCGAGCCUGGCGACACUGGACCUGUCCAACGUCGGCCUCGCCGGCGCCAUCCCGGAGUCCAUGGCGGCGAUGCCGAGGCUGCGGUUCCUGGCGCUGGACCACAACCGCCUCUCCGGCCCCGUGCCGGCCAAGCUGGCCGCGCUGCCGAGCAUCGGCGCCAUGUACCUCAACGGGAACAACCUGACGGGGGCGCUGGAGUUCUCGCCGGCGUUCUACCAGAGGAUGGGCACCAGGUUCGCCUCCUGGGACAACCCCGGCCUGUGCACGGCGGAGACGGCCGGGGGCGCGCCGGCCGGCGUGGCGGUGUGCAAGGACGCGCAGGACCCGCCUCGCGUCGGCGUGAGGGACAGGAUGGAUGGGGGCGGGAGGAAGCCCGAGGCGAGCUCGAGCCUGCCGGCGUCGUCCUCUUCGGCUGGCAUGGUCACCGUGCUCUGGUGGUCUGUGCUGGCUCAGGGGAUGGCGAUGGCGCUGUAGGCGAGGAGAGAAAGACAUGGAGGAAGCUUGUAGUUAGCUCGAUCGGCUGGUUUCCAUGGCGCUCUCGUAAUUCUUUUGGCAUUUUGGCUGGUUCUUGUUCUGCUCUCUUCUGUCAGGGGUUGAAGGGAGAACAGAUGCAGAAGCAGCAGGAGUCUGGCGGUUGAUUGAUCACAGUAGGUUAUGGGUUCAGAGAGGAGCGUGUAGUGACAGAGAGGUAGUGGUAGCUUGUUCUUUUGGGUGUAAUUAGGUCUGUUUCUGGUUUCAAGUUGCAGGAUGUGGAUAUAUGCAAAGGUUGACGGCCCUCAUCUUAUUAUAUAAUGAUGAAAUUUCUAAGAUAAA